UCAAGUUUCAAUCACGCUGAGAAAAGAGAAAGCUUUAGCUACAAGGUAGCUAGCCAUGGCGAGCGGGAAGUCGGUGAUGGCUUUGAUCAAAGCCCUGAAGCCCGCAUUUCGCAACGGCAACGACAACGACAAGGUGGUUUUUGCCGUUCACUCUUUCUUCUUAGCUUCCGGCUACGAGCUCACCGCCACAGGUCCCCUUGCCUUCAACCCCUCUGGCCUCACCUCUGCUUCCACAGAUGAAGUGGGUAUUCAGGACUGGAACGAGCUUGACGACCAGUACGCCUUCAUCUACGUGAACCCGGAAAAGGGUUCGAGGAAGGUGCUCGUCAAGUGUCUUGUAAUGGAGGGAAAAUUGCAUGUUUAUUAUGCUUUGACUGAUGGGUCUUCUAAGCAUGUGGAACUCGAUGUUGGCGACUAUGUUGAGGAAAAUGGAGGCGGCAAUUACUCCAGACAGUUCAAGAAUAUGGAGAUGUUAGUGACACGUCUGGAGUCCCUGCAGAAUUUGAGUUCAGAAACAAGUGAGACUAACUGUGUGAGGAGGAUCAAAAUUGAAUCUCAUUCUGGUCCUGUUCCUGAAACUCAUCUUUCAGGACGCAAAAGAAAGGAGCUCCUUACUCUCUGUGAGGAGAAGGAAACUCCAGCUAACACCACCAAUGUCGCCGUGGCCGGUUCUGUCAAACAUGUGUACAGCAUAAGGCGAGUGAAGCAUAAGAUAGGUUCAGGGUCAGAUGAAGCAGAUGGUCUUGGCAUACUGAUUGAGGACAAGAAAAUGGAUAUUAAGGAGCCUCAUGAUGUUCCAGCUACUGCCCUCAUGGCCGAGCCCGUCCCUGCUUCUAAGGCUGCUGACUCUGCCUGCAACCCAGUUCCAUCAUUUGUCAGAUGAGAUGCUACCAUCACCACUGAAGAAAAUAAGUCCUCGCCAUCUCCAAGAUGGAGAAGUGUACCGAGGUGGUAAAAGGAUGAAACGAUGAUGCCGUGCUGGAAAAUAAUCAAAGAAGAAAAGAGCCCAAAAGAAGCCUGAAACUUGAAUGGACUAGUCUGAGGCUUCGACCCCAAAUUUACAACAUGAAGACAUUAAUCUAGCCCAUAUUGUCAAAUUUCUAUUUUUUUUGGGUUUGUAGCCCAUAGUUAUUGAGGCUAAUAAUAAUGCGACACGUGGCACCACAUCACUGUCGUUGGUUCCACGAUUAAAGGCUUUAAUCCAUGAAGUGAAAGGGAUUUGAGAUCGAACAAAAACACAACACAAACCCAUUACUUGUCCUAUUCUUGGAUGGAAGUCAUU